CCCCAGUUAGUACAGACUUUGAGGACUGAGUUAGUGCACAGAGGUCCUUUCAAACCAGGAUUGGAUUGUUCUUACCCAAAAGACAUGUCUAGAAGAAGUUACCAUUCAGGCUUAUUACAGAAACAGACUCUUUUAAAAAGGGAGGAGGAUUGUAGUGAGAGCACCGCAGUUUCAGGUGCAGCAAUGGCAAAUUGUUUACAUGGCUCAAGAGUCAGGUAGGAGGGCCCCAUAUGUUGCUUAGGGCCCCAGGGCGGUCAGGACCAGCUCUGCAAGUCAUCAUUUCCAGGAAGUGUAAAUUUCGUUUUUAGAAAAAAACCACACCAACCUGCAAAUAGCUUUUUAAGCCUCCUACAACAACAGUUGCUCCGUGGAGCGAUUCAUGUUUGCACUUAUUUUGAAGGCUUAACCGCCUCAUUUCCUGCUCCACAGCGGGCGGUUUUACGCAGCAGCAGCCGCGUGGAUCAAUUGGACUUUGAGGUCGAAACGAAGGAAAGUUAAAAAGACAGGAGCAUUAAAGUUUCCCCAUCACGAGGGACUGUUUAUACUGCCGGAGAAAUGACUGAGCUGUAUGUCUCCUUGUCGGUGUUGGGCGCUGCGGUUCUCCUCAGCGAGGCGACCCGCCGGACAGCAGCGCGUCUUUCCCCCGGAGCUUAUUGGAUUUACCUGCUGGAAGCUGCAUCCACCUUCCAGCUCUGCUGCUGCACUCAUGAACUCAAGCUGCUGGGCGAAACGGCCCGACUGGGGCUGCCCGUGAGCCUGACCCUCACCUACACCAUGACGGUUAUCAACAUAAUAACUUUCCGAGGAGCGACGUGUAACCCCAGCGGCGCUCUGGAGGGGGUUUGCCGCGGGACCAGCAGCGUCCGGGCAGCCGUCGUCCUAAUAGCCUGCCAGUUCGGCGCUGCGGUCGCCGCGCAGUUUUUCGCCACCUCCGUAUGGUCGCUGGGACUUUCCGACGUCCACAGCAGGCACCAGAGGUUCGGGUUCAGAUGCUUCGACCCCCUCGGUGGGACUCUGCUGGAGGCAGCGGUCGUGGAGCUGGGCUGCGCUUUCGUGGUCCAAGCUGCCGCCAUGCACGUCCACAAACUGGACGAAAAACUUCGUGCUCACUUCAUCGCUGCGGUGAUCACUGCAGUGAUUUAUGCAGGUGGAAGUAUUUCAGGAGCUGUUUUUAACCCUGUCCUGGCCUUCUCCGUCCAGUUCCCCUGCAGCGGCCACACCUACCUGGAGUACUGCUUUGUUUACUGGCUGGGACCGGUCUUAGGCGUGGCGAGCUGCAUCCUGCUGUUUGAGAAGAUCAUCCCUUUCCUCUCUGGAAAGAGCACCCUUGGGCUGGAGGUCCCUGCUGCCCAGAAACAGAAGACACAGUAGUAGUGAUCUGAGGACAAGCCAAGUUUGUCUCUAUUUUAGUUUUUAAUUUUUGAUUCCAUAUAACUCUUACCAGUGGAUGUGUCUGCGUGGGUAAUACCAGUUUACCUUUCCGCCCUUUUAUCAGAUGAAGACAUACACAGCAAGUCCAAUUAUGAUUUGUGCCAUUGCCUGGAUGGUGCACCUUAAUUAUCGAUAGCCUAUGCUGUCGUUUAACUGCAGGUUUACCUCACCUGCACAAGUCCCAUUGUUAUCAGUAAACAUGACAUGACACAGCAGACACACACAUAGUGUACUAAUGUGCUGCUGGAUGCAUUACAGUGAACAGCACUUUUACUUUAGUUUUUCCAAACUUGAGUUAACUAUGCAGCUAAUUAUCCGUUCAUUAACUUUGUCAAUACAUUACAAUGUUAAUGGUUAAAACUGUAGGUCACUUAGGUCACUGUGAUGCUGAUUGAGUUUUCUUCUUAAGUUCAGAUGACCAAAGCUCUUAUUGUCUGUUGUGCAUAUAUCAUGUCUGACUGUGUCAGUCAAGCUAAUAAUUUACUGUUUAUCUCCAAUAUGGGCAAAGAGUGAAAAGUACACUUGUGUAAUAUUUGUGUCGGGUACUUAGCUAUUAUAGUUUUGGGAACAUUGCUUCUUUUCUAAUGUUUUUCUCUGUCAAAAACUCCAUUUCUUUGUGAACCAAUGACAAAUAAAUGUUUAAUAAUUCACAUCUUGGCCAGGACAUCCUUGUAAAAGAGAUUAAAAUCUCAAUGGAUUUCUUUCCUGGUAAAAUAAAGGUUAAAUACAUUACAUAUAUAAUACAUUAUACCUCUAGACUUCCAUACUAGAGUCUGGAUGAUGAUAAUGGAUUUUAUUUCUGAGAGUUAUACUUGUAUGAUUAUUUUAAGUAAGAAUGUAAAAUAAACAUCAACUUUUCUCUUACAUGUCAGCAAAGUAGACAGAGUAUAUUUUCUGUACAUCUGUUUUUGUAUAGUGUAAUUUAAAUGCAUUUGUAAUAUCUUGUGUGAAAUAUUUUGAUU